AUGGCGCAUAUCAGUUACUUUCCUGUGGACAAUCAUUUAAUUUCUGCGUUAGUUGAGCGAUGGAGACUAGAGACCCACACGUUUCACAUGCCCUUCGGCGAGUGUACUAUCACGUUAGAGGAUGUUGCAAUGUUACUUGGGUUGAAGAUCUCCGGGGCACCCAUUACUAGAUACGCAACUAUGGAUUGGGGAGCUCUUGUGCAGCGCCUUCUUGGCAUGACACCCCCUGAUUCAAUGCUUGCUAGCGGUCGAUUGAGGAUGACCUGGAUUGACCGACACUUUUCUAAUGUUUCUGAGCAUAUACAUAGCCAGGAACAGUUGGACCGCUAUACUAGAGCGUUCAUUUUACACAUAAUCGGGGGAUAUCUAUUAAUUGAUCACUCUAGCUCGUUUGUAUCCCUCAGAUACCUGAGUUUCCUAGAAGACUUGGAUGUUUGUGGUCAAAUGAGUUGGGGGUCAUGCGUCCUAGCGAAUAUGUACAGGGAGUUGUGCGUGUGCACGAAUUAUGAUCACAAGGAAAUUGGUGGUUCAGGUAUUUUACUUCAAUUAUGGGCAUGGUAUCGGUUUCCAUUUCUUGCACCACCUCAUCCACCUUUAUCUACAUUCCAUGUUCCUCUAGGGGCAAGGUGGAAUUAUGCGUUGCAUAAACCUAGAGAGGAAACAAAAGAUAAAAUUGUGAAGUAUAGAGAGUAUUUUGACCGUUUAAAAAGAGAGGAUGUAAGUUUUAAUUUUUAA